GGGCGCUGCGGCGUGGCGGGAGGCGGCGCGGGGUCGGGGCUCCGGCUGCGAGGCGCCGCGAGCGGGCCAGCAGGUGCGGCCGAGAUGCUGCUGCGCUGGAGGCCGGGGCUGCCGCUGCUGCUGCUCCUGGGGCCGCUCGCUCCCUUCUCCCCGCGCGCGCCGGGGGGACUCGCGCGGGCCGACGACGCCGUGGCGCUGGACUUCUCCACCGAGCGGCCGGUGCGCCUGGUGAGUCCCGCCUUCCUGUCCUUCACCAUCGACGCCAACCUGGCCACGGACCCGCGGUUCCUCACCUUCCUGGGUUCUACAAAGCUCCGUACUUUGGCCAGAGGUUUGUCUCCUGCAUACCUGAGGUUUGGUGGCACCAAGACAGACUUUCUCAUUUUUGAUCCCAAGAAAGAACCAACCUUUGAAGAGAGAAGUUACUGGGAGUCUCAAGUCAACCAGGAUAUUUGUAAAUCUGGAUCCAUCCCUUCUGAUCUAGAGAAGAAAUUACAGUUGGAGUGGCCCUUCCAGGAGCAAUUGCUACUUAGAGAACAGUAUCAGAAAAAGUUCAAAAACAGCACGUACUCAAGGAGCUCCGUGGAUAUGCUGUAUACUUUUGCAAAUUGCUCGGGACUGGACUUGAUCUUUGGUCUAAACGCCUUACUACGAACAGCAGAUUUGCAGUGGAACAGUUCUAAUGCUCAGUUGCUUCUGGAUUAUUGCUCUUCCAAGAAUUAUAACAUUUCUUGGGAGCUAGGCAAUGAACCUAACAGUUUCCGGAAGAAGGCCGGUAUUUUCAUCGAUGGAUCGCAGUUAGGAGAAGAUUUUGUCAAGUUGCAUAAACUUCUAGGAAAAUCCACCUUCAAAACUGCGAAUCUCUAUGGUCCUGAUAUUGGCCAGCCUCGAGGAAAGACUGUCAAGAUGCUAACGAGUUUCCUGAAGGCUGGGGGAGAAGUGAUUGACUCAGUUACAUGGCAUCACUACUACUUGAAUGGACGAAUUGCUACCAAAGAGGAUUUUCUCAACCCUGAUGUGUUAGACACUUUUACUUCAUCUGUGCAAAAAAUUUUCCAGGUUGUUGAGGAGACCAGACCGCACAAGGCGGUGUGGCUGGGAGAAACGAGCUCUGCCUACGGGGGUGGAGCGCCAUUGCUGUCCAACACCUUUGCAGCUGGCUUUAUGUGGUUGGAUAAACUGGGCCUGUCGGCCAGAAUGGGCAUAGAAGUGGUGAUGAGGCAAGUGCUUUUUGGAGCCGGAAACUACCACUUAGUGGAUAAAAACUUCGAACCUUUACCUGAUUAUUGGCUAUCUCUUCUGUUCAAGAAAUUGGUGGGCACCCAUGUAUUAAUGGCGAGUGUGAAAGGUCCAGACAGCAGCAAACUUCGAGUUUACCUUCACUGUACCAACAUCAACCACCCAAGGUAUAAAGAAGGAGAUUUAACCCUCUAUGCCUUAAACCUCCAUAAUGUCACCAAACGCUUGCAGUUGCCGUAUCAUUUAUUUGACAAACAAGUGGACAAAUACCUGGUAAAACCUGUAGGGCCUGAUGGAUUACUUUCUAAAUCUGUCCAACUCAACGGUCAAACUCUGAAGAUGGUAGAUGAUCACACUCUCCCGGCUCUGACAGAAAAACCUCUCCGCCCAGGAAGUACUCUGGGAUUGCCAGCUUUCUCCUAUGGGUUUUUUGUGAUAAGGAAUGCCAAAGUUACUGCCUGCCUCUGAAAAUGAAAGGCACACACCAGCCCUGAAACUGAAUUUUUCAAGUGUAUUGAUAAGAGGAAAGCAAAACCCAAGCUACAGGAAGGCAAGCAGAUAACGUUACAGAUCAACUAGGGACGCUUUAGGGACACUGGGACACCCGCAGUGCUACAUUUAGCACAGUCUUUUGUUCUAAGUAGACCACUGCUAAUAAUAAUACCUGGUGCCAAACACUAUGCUCAGUGCUUUGCAUGUUCUAUUUUUACUCAAAGUUAUUAUAAAGGUAUAUGGAUGCUCCCAAUAUAGCCACGAGGUAAGUAAGUGAAGGAUACAGGACUAUUUUUAAGAAAAUGCUUAGUUGUUUUUAUUUUAAAAAACAGUUAUUAAAAGAUUGCCGGGUUCUUUCUUCUA